CAGACCGGACCAGACCAGACCAGGGACCAGACCAGCCGGGACUAAACUGAACUCACCUGGACUUCUCUUCCGCUCAGACCUGAAGACCGAGUCCAGAGCCCAGUCCAGACCUGGUCCAGAGAAGAUGACCGCUGUACGAGGACUCCUCCUGGUGGCGCUGCUGGUGGUGGUUGGAUCCGACCCGGCCCCCGAGGUCCCCAAGGUCCCCGAGGCCCCCGUGGUCCCCGCCCUCCCCGUGAUCCCCGCCGUCCCCGUGGAGACCCCUGUGGAGCCCCUUCUGUCCGGGGAGGGGCAGCCCUGUGCGCGGGGGGCGGGGCCUCGCUGUGGGGCGGGGCUUGAGUGCGUCCGCGCCGACAAGAAGAACAAAGUGGGCGUGUGCAGGUGUAAGAGCGUGCACGAGGUUUGUGGCUCAGACGGCGUCACCUACAAAACCCCAUGUGCCCUGAAGAGCGCCAACGACAGGAGAGACCCGGAACUGCAGCCGGUCACUGUCAAAGGGAAAGGACGCUGCCCCUCCGCUCCUCGGAUCGUGACUCCUCCUGGUGAAGUGUAUAACGUGUCUGGAUCUCAGGUUUACCUGAGCUGUGAGGCGGAGGGCGUCCCCACACCUGUGCUCACCUGGAACAAGGUGGUGAACGGCGGGAGGAAGAGGGUGGAGCUUCUGCCUGGAGACCGGGACAACCUGGCGGUCCAGACCCGGGGAGGUCCAGAGAAACACGAGGUGACGGGCUGGGUCCUGAUUUCUCCUCUGACCAAAGCGGAGUCGGGUUCGUACGAGUGUCACGCCUCCAACUCUCAGGGCUCCGCCUCCGCUGUCGGCGCCAUCCACCUGGUCCAGAGCCUGGACGACAUCACCGUCAAGAGAGUGCUGAAGGACGAGGAGCUGUGAGCGUCUCUGGAGAAGAAGAUCUGGACUUUUCUACGUUUUUCACCAUUUUUUAAUUAUAAUUUUUUUUUUAUUAUGAUUAUAAAGAUGAAAACUGAUCUCAUAUUUUUCUAAACUCCUGUCAGUUAUCUUUUUCUCUUCUAAAAAAAAAUUGAGAUAUUUGUACAUUUUUUACUUUUACUUCACUUCAUUUGAGAGCAGGUAUCUGUACUUUCUACUCCACUACUUUUGAACGCUGAAAAGUAAAAGUAUUUUCUAUUACUUUCUGAAACCUACUGAAAAGUUUGAGGGUUUAUUUUUUCACACAUUUGUAGUUUGAAGUCAUUUGUCGUCAGAAAUUUACAAAUAAAAUUCUUUUCUAUUCUAACUCCGUCUGUUCAAUUGUAAAUCUUUAUCAGAAUCAUUUCACUUUUACACUUGAAGACCUCAAAAUAUGCGUGAAAUACUUUUACUUUUUAUUCUUUAAGCACAUUUUUAAACGUGUACUUUAAUACUUUUACUUAAGUAGAUGUCUUUAUGUGAUACUUUUACCUGAGUAUUUUUAUUUUUUUGCUCCAGUAGCUGUACUUUUACUUAAGUAACAAAACUGAGUACUUCUUCCACCGCUGACUCUGCUUAGUUCUGUGCUGAAAAACACUUUUAAACACUUUUAAUGUUGGUGCAGUUUGUGUAUUUGUCUUUGCAUGCAGACUCUUUAGUGCAGACUCUAUAGUGCAGACUCUUCAGUGUGCAGACUCUUUAAUGCAGACUUUUUAGUGUUCAGAGAGUUUAGUGCGUAGACUCUUUAGUGUGCAAACUCUUUAGUGCAAAGUCUUAAGUGUGCAGACUCUUUAGCUCAGACUCUUUAGUGCAGACGCUAUAGUGCAGACUCUUUAGCUCAGACUC